GAACUGCCGAUUGAUCGCGGACGCUGGUAUACCGAGAAUUCGUCGGAGCGAGCGAGCGAGCGAGCGAGCGAGCAAGAGCGUUUCCCCGAACGACAGCAGUGCACAGCAGUCCGCCGCGCAGUCACUUGCUGCGUUAGCUCGCCUCGCCAGAUAUCCGUCCGUGCGCAAGCUGUACAUAAUAAUCUAACCUCUCGGGCAGGCGCGUCCCGUGCUCGUUGCGUUCCCGACCGACUGCCACGGCCCCGGUGCUCGAGGGGGCCCGAGAGGCCAGCCGACGCGACCAGUGCGACCGAGACUCGAGAGACUCGAGAGUGGCUCGCGGACCGCGCGUAGGUGUAGGUACCCACGUCUCCGUCGCGAGCGCGGCGCGGAGACGCCAUAGCGAGAGGAGCGGCGCACUAGCUACCUACAUGGCGCGCGACACUCGGCCCUCGUAGCUGCUCUGCUCUGCUCGGCUAACAGCUCCCUCGUCACAGUGCGUGGAACGCGAUACUUACUUGCGCUCUCGUCGAGCCACCUUCCUUCGGAUCGCAUCGAGAGCAGUGCAGCGAGUGAGUAAGCAGCAGGAGAGAAGACGCGCGCGCGCGCGCGCGAGUGUGAGUGCGAGAGAUACGUAUAUACAUACACUGUGUGCGCCCGUGCACAGACGACGCGAGAGGCACACAAAGACAGAGAGAAAGAGAGAGAGAGAGAGAGAGAUCGAGUGCGGGCUGUAGCGGACUGCGAAGUAAGAGAGAGAGAGAGAGGGAUAGACCCACACGGCGUAGCCAGGAUCUGCGGCCAGGAGCUACGCGGACUAUGCGACGGGGGACAAAGUGCCGAAGGCACCUGCUGCUCAGGUGAUGGGAAGAGGAGAGCUGCCGCAGUGCGAUGCCGGCUCCAGCUCCGAGAGAGAGCACCAGCGGAAGCUAGAGGAACAGUGCCGCGCUGACAGUCGCAGCGGAAGCAUCGGCUCAACGAUGGAGCCAACUCGGAGGUCUCUCGGCGGCAGGCUGCUCCUGCUCGCGCUGCUCGGCUCGCUGCUCGGCCCGCCCACGAGCUGCCUCGCCCUGGACUCGCAGCGCUGCGCCAUCGGCCUCAAGACGCCAGGACGAACCUGGCCGGCGGGCGACAUCGUCCUGGAGCACGGCAACCCGCUGCACGUCCUCUGCAUCCUCAACCAGACGUUCGUCGACUCGGCGUUCCCGGGCAAGAACUCGUCGGACCUCGUCUUCUUCAAGGGCCAGCGCCAGGUCGAGCCCGAGUUCAUCAGCGUCGUCAACGAGACGACGAUACGGCUGGACGUGAGCGAGCCGCCCCCCGAGAACGCCAUGUACUACUGCAAGCUCAGGCUCGACGAGAGCUACGACAAGGACUACGAGGCGGUCUGUCUCAACAAGGUCGUCGUCGGAUUCAAGCCAAGUGAACCUCGCAACUUCAACUGCGCCUCCCAGAACUGGGAGAACUUGACGUGUACUUGGGAUCCGCCACACAACUACGUGGACACCAUCUACUCGAUCACGUUUAAGCUGCCGGGUCGCGCGGGAGGUCGCAAGCUCUACCCCUGUCCGCCAGACAUAGACAAAUACAAGAAUACUUGUCGCUGGAGCGGCUCCACGAAUCCCAUCUACAGGCAGCCCUAUGAGUACUACACCUUCUUCCUCUCCGCCGAGAACGUUCUUGGGAACUGGACGGGCUCUUACAAGUUCCAUCAUUUUGCUCAUGUGAUUCCGGCCAAACCAGCAAACUUGACGGUGGUUAACAAGACGCUCGACAGUGCGAUGCUGCACUGGAUCGUCUCCUUCCCCAUGCAAAACUUUCCACCGGGACUUCACCACCGGAUUGCUCACCAGAGCCAGUGGGACAGCCGGGAUACGUGGCAGGUAAUUAAUAUCACGGGUGAGCCGCACAACAACAAGAGGUAUUACAACCUUACGGGACUGAAGUACGCCAACGCGAUAUACGACGUCCGGGUGUACAUGAAGAGCGCGGUGGCUAUUGGCGAGGACAAGUGGGGCAACUUCAGCGAUGUUACUUUCCGCACACCCGCCAGAGUGCCGGGCCAAUCGCCGCGCGCGGAUGUAGGAUGCUUCGAGGUCACGGAGAACAACAUGAAUCGAGAUAUCUAUCUGUACUGGCAGUCGAUUCCAGCGUACCUCGAAAAUGGCAACAACUUCCGCUACCAGGUGUCCCGCGUCGAGGAGAACGGGCAACGAGUCUAUCUCGCACCCAACGAGACGACCCGCACCUACGCCAAGUUUCGCGGAUUGGGCCAUCACAGCAGUUAUCGCUUCGAGAUCGUAGCUAGUAACGAGGUCGGCAUAUUGGACAAGCCUGCCCGCAUUUAUGUGCCCAGCCGCACCUUACUGCCGAGAGAGCCGGUGUCCUUCACCAAGAUUGCAUUUGACGACGGACUGUACGAGUUAUCUUGGAAACCCCCGGUUGGCGGCGACGACGAGAUAAAGAACUACACUAUUUUCUGGUGCGAGAACGACCGAGAUCGUCCUUAUCAAUGCCAAGGCUAUCUCGACUGGCUGCAUGUUUCGAAGUCAACGCUAGUGUUCAACGUGACGGUGCCGGAUCCCGGAAAGGUCUAUCAGUUUGCUAUUUCAGCAAACACUGAGCGCGCUAGCAGCGGUAUGAUGUGGGCCUCGUGCACGGUUAUUCAUAACAAGGUGGUGGGCAAGAUGAAAACCGUCUGGAUAAAUCGCAUCGGCUCGACGGUCAUUGAGGUCGGCUGGAAGCUCGACUGUUCUGACCGCAUAGGCAUCGUCGAGGGCUUCAAGAUCUACUACUGUCCGAUCGUCUCGCCUUACAAUCUCAACUGCAAGGGUCCAAAGCUUAACACCACCAUCAAAGCCGAUUUGAGCACCAUCAGGGGAGAAGUUACAGGGUUGAAGCCAUACACGACUUACAUGAUCGCCGUGGCUGUUCUUACCAAGAAUGGUGAAGGCCAGCAUAGCGACCCCUUGUAUAAUACAACCCUGGAGUCGCCACCAAGCGAACCACCUCGCGACGUAGUUGUACGCAACGUCACCAACACGACAAUGUUCGUCGAGUGGAAGGAACCGCUAGCGAUGAACGGUGUGCUACGCUACUAUGUCGUGCACUACAACGAGCACGCAAAGAAGGUCGAGGAGGUGCCGCAUAUCGAGCUUCAAGGACUGCAAGCCCAUCGUAACUACAGCGUGCGUGUGGCCGCUUGUACGGUAGAUUGCAGCGCUGAAUCGCCACCCGUCUAUGCCCUUACGUCUAUCGGCGUGCCUAACAAGAUACUACCUCCAACCGUUCGAUUCUUCAACUCCAGUCAGGUUAAAGUACAAUGGGCAAAGCCUCACCAGCCUGCUGGUUUACUUGAUUAUUACCAGAUCAAGAGCAACGACGGAGAGAUUCAGAAUACUACUACUCAAGAGGCCUCAUUGUCGAUUCCCGAUUGCAAAACCAUUGGUAGAGAGAGACUGUACAGGUUCCAAGUCAGGGCAGUCAACGUCGCUCCGAAUGGCGAACACCUAUUUGGCAAUUGGUCCGAUGCCGGCGAAGGCAAUUGCUUUAGCGAUGGUCCGUCAUAUCGCGUAUGGAUUAUCAUCUGGGUCAUUGGCAGUAUAUGUGGUAUUGCAUUUGUAUUUUGCGUCGCUUAUUCUUCCAAAAGAGUGUGGCUCAAGUGCAAAGCGAUGCAAGACGUCGAAGUCAAACUUCCACCUGGAUUAGCACCAAACAUGAAACUUCUUCAAAAAUCGGGCGACCAACAUACACGUCAGUCGUCGGCAGAUUCGAGUGGUUGCUCAAGCGGCCAGGAGUCAGUGACAUCGUCGCUCACCUCGGAUUCGCAUGUAUCGAGUGACAGCGGCGCUGAGGUCGACCCUGUUCUCUCAAAGAAGUUGAUAAUCGAUGCAACUACAGCGUCAACGACGAAUUCCUCACCCGCUUGGGAGUCGUCGAGCCUGCGACAACGAAACGUCGCCGGCGCAUCCAAGCCUAACCACGAGACCGCUACUCGGUGGGAUCCCUACGUCAAAGUAGCAAAAGGGUCGAAUGAGCUAAUUAUGCCAAGCGCCCCGCCUGCAGACUCGCUCUCGCUUGCCAGGUCCACGCCCAAUCUCAGCGAUAAUAUAGGCUAUGCUACCUCGCAGCAAACCUGGUCCUCCACAGGAUACAUCAGCAUGCCAUCGUCGGAAGAGAUGUCGAGUAAUCCGAGCCCAGUUCCUAAAGAUACCCUAGCUACCGGUAGUUACAGUGUUGUAGGCGUCAUUUCCAAAGCGCCGUUGCGCUGCAAGUCCGAAGAGGAGUCGCUCUCUUUGGUCAAGGCUAAAACUGAAUCUGAAAACAAACCUUCGACGAAUCCCUACGUGAGCCUCGUUUCACUCGAACAAAAUUCGAAGGAUAACCCAAAAAGGAAACUUGAGGCAUUACGAGUCUUCGACAACCUGGGCUUCGACAAGUCGAAGCAACAGCAACAGUCACAGACUCAAUCCCAGAUUCAACAAUCGGACAAACUGUCGAGGCCGUACGUGCAGACGGGCUUCCUCGACUCUAGGCGAAAACCGACGGGUCAGUUGCCACAGGCCAACUUCUUCGCUCAGAGCUCGCUAGCCGAUGAACUUGGUCGCAAGCUUACUCCCACAGGAGCCGCCGCUCCGUCACAGUCGGAUUCGAAGCCUUACGUGACGGUGGCCUCAAUUUCUGAAACAACGGCAAGAAAAACUGCACCCUCUGCGGAAACGUCGACAGCCCACAAGCCUUACAUACCUGUAAGCUCAAUCAUGCCCAGCGCCGAGGCCAAGAGCAAUGGUAGUUCCACCCCUGCAAGUUCUGUUUUCAAAAUGCUCCAGCAACCCAAGCUCGAGGCUUCUUCCAGUUCUCCGAGUAUUGAUGAUCACGAAACAGUUGGUCUGUACCCAUCAUUGGAUCUCGAUACAAAAGAUGAUGAACCAUCGUCGACGGCUUCUUCGGCGAGUUCGCCGACCUCGACGUUUACCCUUUGCUGGCAGCAGCAGCAACCAGGUAACGAGACCCCAUCGACGGAAUCCCUGACCGAUCUUGGUGCUCAGGCACAGUCACCCCAACCAGUUACGAAAACCACUUCGUCGGGCUAUGUGACGUUGCCCGAGCAGAAGACUGCGCCAGCCUCACGCUUUGCGAACAAGCCUCUGCCGGCAAGUGUCGAUGAUCAGAAAUACAGCAAAGUCGCGGUAGUGCCGCGGACGCUCCAAUGAAAGCCCAUGUGCUUCCUCAUAAGUGGGGAGAAGUGAGACGAGAAUCUGGGCACUGAUUGACUGCUAGGUCUCUGCUGUUUUUUGUUUUUUUGGCGUUUUUUUUUUGUGUACAGUACUUUAGUGUUCCGACGUGUUUCAAGUCUGAGAACUGCUGGGGUUUUCUUCUGUAUAUAGCGUUAGGUUAGCGGGCAAUCAAGCAACGUUAAUUAAUUGAGAAUUUGCUUAACACUUGUGGAACUGCGGUAGAUUUAACCAACAUACUUUUAAUCAUGAGAAUCGAUAUUUAAUCUAUUUAUCUUUUGUUAAGUAUAUUUAUACUUAAAGUUGUCAAAGUUGUUGUUUUAGUCGUGUUUUUACUGACAAUAGAGCAUUCUCGAAUUUAUAAAUUUACCUUCUUCCGCGAGUUUAUUUUUAGUCGUAGGUUAUACAUUUUAGCAAAGAAUGCGAUAGAGCACUUUCUGCGCCUACACAAAACUUCAGCAGUUCUUGUCAUAGAAGCACAUAAUUUGUGUGUAAAAACGUUAACGUCGACUUUGUGUAGCAAUAUUAUCGAAAGCCAGUGUGGUAUAAAUACUCUAAUUACAAGAUACUUUAACUUCGCCUAUUAGCACUUAUUUGGAUUAAGAGUUAAAGUACAAAUUAAAUGCUUAAUGGAUUUAAAUGUUUAUCGUAAUAUAGUUCACUAAUUUUUUUUUCUUUUUUUUUUCUUUUCAAUAGUACUCGAAACACACUGACGUUAAUGAGCUACAUAAAAUAAAUUAUUUAUAUCGACACUGAUUAUUUUAUUAAACUGGUUUGAAUUCAUCUGUAAGACUAUGUAUUCGAAUAAUAUUUCUUUGAAAUUACGACAUUUAUCAUAUAGCUUUAAAGAUGAAUUACAAAACUAUACUUUAACAAAAUAACCUUUUAAGACUAAGAAUAAUAAACUUUUUAUUUAAUCGUUAUUUCUUUGUUUGCUCAUCUCGAGCAAAGUAUAGCGGUAGAUAAGGUUUUCCAAGACAUGUUGAUGUGAAUGAAUUGUGAAUUUGUUGAUUCGUAUUGCCUUGCUUAAUUUUAAGAUAUUUGAACUUGACGUUUACGAUUUGUUAAAUAAUUGUUUAUUAACUCUUGAUUAUUAUUUUGCCAAAAUUUGUAUAGAUUUUCAAAAAAAUUGAGCAGUGUAAAAUAUAACGGAAGACGUAAACUACGUAAGACAUAUUUUAACAAAUUGUAAUCCUCAAUUUAUUCGCAUCGCAAAUUAACCAUCAAUUUUUUUUAUUAAUUGCAAACACUUAUAAUAUGUAAUAUAGAAACAACGAAGUGUCAAUUGUGCUCAGUUUCUCGUGAAACUAAGUGAGCGUCGUAUGAAGCAGAAAAAGGACUCUUGACGCGAAGAGAAAAUCGUCGAAAAGCUUCUCUCGCCUUUCGUAUGAUUACGUUUUGUAUCAGGCGAGAGAGCUUAAACUCAGUGUUCUUGCGAUAAAAAAAAACAGAAACGAAAUUAUGUACAAAUCUAAAGACUUUUGUAUCGUAAUUCGAGUAUCGAAACUUUUCUAGCUCUUAAGAUGUGUCCUGCAAGCAGCUUUCCUUUUUCGAUCCUGAAAGAAAGCAACAAGUUCGAUUGGCGAGUCCUUCUCAUACUGGUAUUCAUUUACUGUUUACAAUUUAAAAGUAGAAUUAAGCGAAAAACUACUUGGAAAACAUGUAAUAUUUCUCUUUACUACUUUUGGCUGAUGCUGACUGCUGUACCGAUUUUGAUUGCUAUACUUCAAAUUACAAAUCUGAUCAUUGUUUGUUUAUUAUUAUUUUUUUUUUAUUUAUACUGAUUUUUCAAUAUUUUUUCAUAAUUUUCUUUAUAUUGUCACUCUUUAUUUGUUCAAAAUUCAAAUCAAAUGACAAUUUGUCUUGUACAGCUCGUUAGUAAACAUAGUAUCACAGAGUACGAAAAUGUCGACACAAAGAAUCUAAUGCAUGUACGCAUAAUAUCUUAAGCUAGUCAUUAAAGCCCAUGUAAUCGACGAGUUUCCAUUCGUAUUUGUGAGGUACAUUUAACUUUUCCUCUAACUUGUUAUUCAUGCAUGCGUCAAUUGUUUUUUCACUAAUUAAUCAUACCAAUUUUGUAAACCACGAAGAACUCUAAGACAAGCUAAUAGUUUUAUCUCCACAAUUGGUUCCAAUGAUUGUAGUAAUUUUAUAUUCAAGAGAAGGCUGAAUACGUUAAAAUGUUUAGAGAAACUCGUUGAUGAUGCACCGAGUCCAGCGUAUAAAGAAGAAUUAUUACGUGAAUUUUUUCAAGGCACUGUAUAUAAUAUAUAAUGAAAAAUAGCAUGGAAGUAGGAAGCCCGAUUCAAGGGGUUACUAACCUCGUGCUCUAGAAACGAGCUUAUAUACUUUACUCGCAGAUUAAUUAUUUAUAUUUGUAAUCAUGGAAAUAGGAGAAAAAGGAGAAGGGAGCGAAUGCAAGCUUCACGUCAAUUUCGCGAGAAGGCAAACUAGUUUGUCGAGUUAAGAAAAAAGAAAAAGAAAAAAACGUAAUAAGGGUUACGAGGCACUCGUUUGUUGGCACCAGCUUUGAUUGCAUUGUAUCACAAUUAUAUUAUACACACGAACACACCGUCCGGUAGGAUUAAAAAAGUAAUGUGAAAAGCGAAACUGUCAACUGUGCAUCCUAGGUUUUUUUACGUAUUUUUCUCUAUUGUACAUAACAUCCGAGCUAUUAUUAUCUAUUUUUGUUAAAUAUUUAUAAAUAACAGAAGUACUUUAUUGCACGCGACAGAGGAGAAGGAGAAAAGAUAUCUAUUAUAUUCGUUAGUGUUUAAGAUAUGAGAUGAGAGAAAAUAAGGAGAAAUUUAGAGGGGAUAUGUAGAGGGCGAGUAUUAUAUGAAAAUAGUUAAGUUAUGAAAUGCAAGAAAUCGAAAGAGAGAGAGAGAGAGAGAGAGAGAAAGAGAGGGGCGGAUGUAAAAGAGCAUAAGACAUUUCUCUCGGUAAGCCGUACAGUUAUAAAUUAUGUACACGACUCUAUUGAAUUUAUGCCUUAUGUGAAAAAAUUAAAUAUAAGUGCAAAUGUAAUGUGCGACUGUAUACCGUGUACAAAUGUGAAAGAGCGCGCGCAUGUAAAAGAAAGAAGUAAGAAAGUAUACUGUGUAUUCAGAUUUUUUAUGUAAUCAAACGCGCAGACUUUGUAUAAUUUAGUUAAAUAGUGAAUAGUUGAUUAAGGUGCCUAUUAUAUAAAUAUUAUAUUGUAUUUUAUUACUGCAUUCAACUAUUAUUACUGCUAUACAACAAUAAAAAAAGUAAGAAAUUACAAUGACACCGCUGCUUAUGAAAAUAGUUAAGAAAUUUUUUUAGAAAGAUUUAACUGUCGAUCAAUUGCUCAUCGAAUGAGAGAGACUGGACUAUUCCUACAAGAAAGAAGUCUUAAAUGACAUUAGAGUAAAAUUGUGUUAGCUGCAUUAUGCGAAAAAAAGAAAAAUAAAAAAAAAAUUUUAAAAUGACGACUAUUGCGUGUAAAAUACGGCCAGGACAAGAUGUUUGUAAUUGUUACGGCGAUUUAGCGCCAAUCGCGAAAAGACAUUGAACUGCUAGCAGCGGUGUUCAAAGUUGUGAUAACGAAUGUUUAACGAACGUUAGAUUUUUCUGCGACGUAUUUUUUUUCGUGCAAUGAGAUUUUUGCCGAAGACACACUAGCACGCGAACGAUGGACUUUUUUGAUUUUCUUUAUUCAUGUAAAUAUACCUAUAUGUUGUAAUAACGACGAGGGUGAGGGAAAUUCACAUAUCCGAAGAGAAUCCGGCGAUGCGAAACAAUUAACGAGAGCGCGCGAGAGAGUGAGAGUGAGAGAGAGAGAGAGAGAGGAGAGCACGCUUAUUUUGUACAGAAGUAUUUGCGUAUGAAUACCGACUUUUACCGAGCCUCUUCUGCUCUUCUUUUUUUUUUGCUUUUUUUUUUACUAUUUAUUUACCUCGUGAGCGUGAACGAGCUAGCUUUACGUCCACCUGUCUUCGCCCUGCGCCCCUUGCGCGGCGCAGCACGGAUCUUUUUUUUUUUUUUUUUUUUGACAUUUCUCGUUCGUUAUACCGUCGAGAGCCGACGGUAUGCCAUGGAACCUUGCCAUUCACGCCGGGGAACUGCGCGUUCAGUAUAGGGUCCGGCGGGUUCGUUGCGCUUGCUCGCGCGCACGCAUCGUCUACGAGGCCCGAAGGUUUUGCGAAUUGUAUUUUCGAUGUCAAUACUCGGCUGCGAUAGCGACAAGAGUAAAUUAUACUGUACGUACGAGAUGCGUUGCGGGCCGCGGGACUAACCGCGCCGGCCUCGAACCGAACCGUUCCGUUAAUACUUACCAUCCGAUAAUUGCAGAGUGGAUUCAAGAGCGAGUACGGCGCGAGCUUGGAGAGAGAGAGCCUCUACUUUAUAGUUAUUGUACCUAAUGAAAUAUACGACAUUUGUAUUUGA